AACUUGCCAUCGCUCUCUUUUAUUUUGAACAUGACUCUCGCGUCUUUGUGUCGUUCGCCUACAGUACUGAGGCACAUUUAGGCUGCAGAUGAAUAGUUCAAAAGCCUAUUAGAAGGAUUUUUUUAAACUUAUAUGUGAAAAAAAAACUUGUGGAGAAAUAGCGACCUUAGCAGCCUCCGUUGUGAGAAGGGAUUAUUUUUUUCGUGUCCUUUUUUCCCCCAAACAAUAAACAGUGGAUAUUUGACAGUGCAGCCAGAUAGGGUCGAGUGUCUCCUCCUCCCCCUGCGCACCGCGGCUGUACCUGGCUAGAAGAUCUGGAUUAAGACUAAUGAACUGGGGGUAAAUAAUCUCCAAGGGACCGUUAUACGGGGACGCAAACCGACUCUGUCUGGCUGUGGGAUUUUUUUUAUUUUCUACACUUCUUGAGGCUCAAGACGAUGUCCGUCCGGGGAUACUUUGUCGCUUUUUCCAAAUGCACACUUCUUCUCUCUCUGAGGAUUUUGCUUCUUGUGCCUGCAGGGUUGCCGGUCCGCAGCCAAGGGGACUCUCAGUCCGACAACAAAGUGAUGGACAACAUCACCGUCCGACAAGGAGAGACAGUCUUCCUCAGGUGUGCACAGGGGGACGUUGUCACACACACAGCAUGGCUAAACCGGUCAAGCAUACUGUAUGCUGGAGAAGACAAAUGGUCGGUGGAUCCCAGAGUGAGUCUGGUGACCCUUAAUCAAGAGGAGUUUACCAUCAAGAUUGAAAAUGUGGACAUGACAGAUGAGGGCCAGUACGUGUGUGCAGUCCAGACAAGCAGUCGACCAAGGACCACCUCAGUACACAUUCUCGUCCAAGUACCACCGAAAAUCAUCAACUUGUCAAGAGAUAUUGUGGUAAAUGAAGGUUCCAACGUUACCCUGAUGUGCCAAGCCAAUGGUAAACCGGAGCCUUCCAUCAGCUGGAAACUCAUCUCCCCUUCAGGGGACCUGGCAUCAGACGACGAGUACCUGGAAAUCCCAUCUAUCUCCAGACAGAGAGCAGGGACGUACGAAUGCACGGCCGUCAACGAUAUCGACACAGAUGUGCAGACCAUAGAUGUCACUGUCAACUAUGCUCCAACUGUGUCAGAGGGCAGAGAUGUUGGAGUGACUCUGGGCCAAAGAGGAGUGCUGGAGUGUGAGGCCGAUGCGGUGCCUGAGGCAGACUUCGAGUGGUAUAAAGAUGACAGAAGGAUCUUUAAUGGAUUUGAUAGCAUGGAAAUUGUGAAUAGCGGCUCGUUGUCGAAGCUGAUGUUUUUUAAUGUGUCUGACAGCGAAUACGGCAACUACACUUGCGUCGCCAUCAACAAGCUUGGGAGCUCAAAUACAAGCUUCCUUCUGUAUGUGGUAAUUGAACCCACUAGCUCAACGCUAUUGCAAGGACCGAGAGCAGUUCAGGAUGGCAGCGGCGGCGCGAUGGGAGUGCACUCACACACCUGUCUCCUCUUCAUAGUGUUUCUGCCGUUCCUGCUCAGAUUUUGAAGAGGAAUGGAUUUGACACAAAUAUUUUGUGUGUGUGUGUGUGUGUGUGUGUGUGAGUGAUUGAGUGUGUGUUCUUUUUUUUCUCAACCGGAACCAUAAACUGAUGCACAGUGAGUGCAUGAGGUAUCCUGCUAUGUAAUGAUGUUGACCCACUAAAUAAGUACGUAACAAACGUUUCUGUUGGGUUUUUUUAGAUUUCAAGGAUGUAACAAAUGUUUCACAUUUUAAUUGAAUUAUGUUGGAUAUUUUUCUCUCUAAAUUAUAUUAUUCUGAUCGUCUCUUUUUAUGUAUAUGUCUCGGGAAAAAAAUGAUUUUUUAAAUGUGGUGUCUCUUAUUCAAAUUGAUUUGUCAUAAUUUUUAACCACAUUGCAUAUUCAUCUCAACUCCAGGAAAAGGCAAAUUUACAGCAAGUACGAGAGGUGAAUGUUAAAUACCUCAAAGUCAAACCGAGACAGUGAAGCAGAAGGAAUUUAGGUUACCCUGAGGCUGAAAGCCUGGUAUUAUCAUAUUUUAAUGUAUAAUAAUUAUCAUUCAGUCUGGUUGUUGAAAGCAGAAUUGUUUUCGACCUUCAAGUAUUUUUGUUCUCAGCAUUAUAGUGAUAUACUUGCAGUUGUGUUAUGCUAAUCUUUUAAUUUUAUUUUGUCAGUUAUGUUUAGUUUUAAAUAUUUUUGAGAAGGGAACAUAUAAAGUUGUAAUUAUUUAGAACAAUAUCAUGUUUUAUGUCUCUGUUUUUUUUCUUUACCAGUACAGUUGUACACAAAAAUGGUGUCAAGAAUAAUUAUGUUAUAAUUAAGUAGUAAAAAUGGAGGGAAAGUGUACUCCACUUGUGUGGAGUCGUUGUCUGACUUAAGUAAUGGAAAUGUAUUCAUGCUGUUGCUACUUGUUUGAGCAUUAUGCCAUUUCCACACGACACAGUUAUUUGAGAAAAAUGUUCCUGUUCAUGUUCCAAACCAGCACUGGCAGGUUAGAGACCACUCAGUAAAAUCAUAAGAUCAUAGAAAGUAUUACACUUUUUGCAUGUAUUUAAACACCAGUAACCCAAAGACCUUAGCAGUUUAUACAGGACCAUACUUCAUAGAAUUUCCGUUUUCUAGUAUAAACACCAACAAACAAAACACAUUGACACUUGUUCCAUGAUAUUGUCUUUUCACAAAAAAGAGUUCAAUAUGGGUUAAACGUGGGGUAAUUUGGAAAGAAUUCUAAAAUCAUAUACCUAAACCAAAAUACAGUAUGUGGUUUAUGCCUGUGAAAUGCUCAUCUGAACAUGACUCCAGCUCUUAUUACAAACGAAAGAAUUGCAAUCUUAAUGUUUAGUAUGCUAGCCAAUUGACCCUUCCUAAGUCCCACCCCUUUAUUUUUUCUGUGCUCCAAUAACAGCAAGCCUGGGUCAGAACCCCGGUCAACUUUCUCCUUCACUUCUACUUAGCUACUUAGAUAUGCUAUGUGCUAGGCUCAUCUAAGUUCAAAAGACAACCACAUUUUGAAUAUGUGUAUAUAUAUAUAUAUAGAGAGAGACAGAGAGAGAGAGUCUGCAAUAUAUCGCUUUUAUCUUUUAACCUCUUCAAAACUUGAAGACUUUUCAGCAUAGAUUUUCUCUUUUACGUACACAUCAGAGGUUCUGACUGAGGCUUGCCUAACUGUUAUUGGAGCACCGAGCAAAAAAGGGUCAGUUGCAAUAACCAAGACUGAUCACAGGUCCGAGGAAAAAGGCUACAACUGUUUCUUUUCUCUUGUCUAUAUAGCUUGCAGUAUCAGAAAAGGCAGGAUAUGUGCAAAAUUAAGAAAAUCAUAUCUCUGAGUUUUAUAAUGGAGAAAGAUGAGCACACAUGAGUGCCACUGGCGUUUUGAGAGGUGGACAACAGACGACAGACUCCGUUACCUUAUUUGGUUGUGAGCGUGAUGAAGAAUUUAUGCAACAAUCAGAAGCCUCUUACAAAGCGGCAGCAAGAAUUAAAGUCAGUAAAUUUAUCUCCUUUCACGUCUGUUGUGUUGGCAAACUAUUCACACCAACUGCCAGACCUCACUCAGGUUCCCCCCAGCAGUGAAAAACAGCAUGUGACAGUGAGAAAAAGCGAAAUUCAGUGUUAGGCCACUGGUUCUGUAAUGUGGAAGGGAGUUUUUAGGCAUCAUGCCUCUCUUGCAGAAUGCAUCACUAUUUGCGUGUGUGGACGUGCAAACACAAGCAUCUAUUGACUGUUGGUUUUCUUGUGUGCCGUACAAAAGGAUUUGUAGGAUUCCAUUAACAGAACAUCAAACAAGAGCAGUGAAAAUAAACAAAUUAGUGUGUUUCUGUGUAGUGGUGGGGCACUGAUUGAGUGUGCUGUCAUGUAUGGUUAUUUUAAAAUUAGUGUGAGCUAGUCAACACUGAGCAGGCCCAAAAGGAAACGAGUCACAGAACCGUUGAUCUCUGUUCUGUUCAAGUCCCUCUUUUCUUGUGUUAAGAGAUCUUUUUUUCCCCGGCCUGUCUUAGCUCUGGUGAGGUCAGAGUCCAUCAUCCACACACAUCCACUCAUAUUUUCUUCAAACUCCGCCCCUUUUUGGCUCAUGGGGAUAACAAGGUUUUUGCUCCUCAAUGUGAAAAAAGAACCAAUACCUAAAUGAAAACAGCAUGAAAAACAGAUAGGGCCAUUACUGAAAUUGAUCAGGGUAAUCAUCAGCGGAAUCUGACAGGCUAAUCACAGUUUGUUUUUACAGAUGAAACAGAGAGAGAGAGAGAGAGAGAGAGAGACUGAGACAGACAGACACUGCAGACUAUUACUCAUCUCCAGCACAGUGGUGUUUAGAAAUUACAUGCUAAUUAUUCCUUCCUGGCUUGAAGGAUGGCACCACUGAUCUCACGUCUGUUUUACCCAGUCAUUGUGCCACAAGAUUAACCGCAUUUGAGAUGAAGUGAAGUCAGAUCACCUCCCAAGGAGGUCUGUGCUGGGACCCCUUCAGAAGGGUCUGCAUGAAACGGUUAUUAAUAUGUACAAACUAGCCUCAUUGCUUUGACUUCACUUGAAAGGUCGAAAAGAGGUUUAAUGUGACGUGCUUAAAGCUGCAGUAGCUAAUUUCUAUAAGAAUAUUUUUUGCCAAACUUUCACUGUAUCCUGACAGUAG